GUUCUUGACAUCUGCCCUCCGCUGUGAAUUGUUCGGCGAUAGCAUCCACUUUUCUGAUUCGGCUAUACAUACCGCGCGCUCUGUCAUCUCAUCUUCCAUCUCUUCUGCCUGCCAGCACUGCUAUCAGCUCUUCUUGGAUCUUGUGAUAUGGUGUCCGCUCUACUAUCCGCUACCACUCUGAUCGCAGUCAGCGCCCCGGCUCUCGCUGCCCCAUUCCGACGAUGGGAGUAUUCCAAGUACUGGGACUUGCAAGGCCAUCGAGGUGGGCGUGGAGAGACUGUCGAAAACACACUUCCAUCUUUCUCCUGGGGCUUGAUCAACGGUGUAACGUCGCUUGAGAUGGACUGCGGCGUGACCAAAGAUGGCGAAGUCGUAGUCUGGCACGACGAAAACUUUGUGGAUACCAAAUGUCGAGACACCUCUCCUGCAUUCGAAGACGACCCCGACUAUCCUUACGUCGGUAAAUACAUCGCCAACCUUACCCUAGCUCAGAUCAAGACUCUCGACUGUGGUUCAUUGCGACAGGUCGACUUUCCACUCCAAGAUGUCUACGCCGGCACCAAAGUAUCCACCCUUCAAGAGAUGUUCGAUUUCGUAAAAUGCGCCACCGACGAGCCCGUCCUUUUCAACAUUGAAUCCAAAGUCGACGGUGACUAUCACAACCUCACACGUGGUCCUGAAGAUUUUGUGGAUGCUAUGGGUACAAUCUUCUAUGCCCAAGGGGAGGAUGUGGUAGAUAGGAUCACCCAUCAGAGCUUUGACUGGAGAUCCAUCAAGCUCUCGAAGGAGAAGUAUCCCAACCUGCGAACAUCUGCUCUUUGCGAUGACACCACCAUCUGGGCCAACCACGAGAAUGGUACAAAAGCCAACCUCGGCAACCCCGGCUCUGGCCCUUCCAACUGGCUUGCCGGUAUCGAUAUUGACAAACUCGAGGGUGACACCGUGGGGGAGCGGGUUGCGCGGGCUGCUGCUUCCAUCAAUGCCGACUUCCUGUCCCCUGUCGCUACUUCCUAUGCUUCUAAUGUGACUGGGCCCGGCUUCCCUGGCUUUGUGGCGUUCACCAACAAGACGAUGGUGGAUACUGCCCACUCUCUCGGGCUUGGUGUCAAGCCUUGGACUCCCGAUGUCAAGAACCUCUUCGAAUACCUCCUGGAUCUCGGCGUCGAAGGUGUCAUCACCGAUUUCCCUCACGAGUUCCGACGUCUGCUCGAGCAGAAAGGGAACUAUGCCCUUGCCCCUAAAGGGGAUACUGACAGGAUUCUCUCAUGUUUGUCCAAGCACGUCCAAGUGACUGAGAACAGACUAGAUGGGAAGGGAUACGCUUGAGGAGGUGUAGUUCCAACGCAACACAGUCAAAAUAGAAAGGAAGAGGUCAAAAGACGGUUUAUAAGUAGUUCAAAAGGUCACUUGACCCAUAUAUAAUUUCGGUCCCAGUUCUCAGGAUGGCCUAUAAUCAUGGACAACAGAUG